AUGGUGAAUUGCGAUAAGCAGUUGCAAGCAGAGAUCAAAAAAAUUAACAGGAGAAUGCAGAAGAACGGAUGUGAUGUUGGUAAUGCUCAUGUUACUGUCAACUCGCUCACUGAACGAGGUGGUGUCUCAUACAACACAUCUACCGCAGAACGUCCAAGAUACAUACGCGAAUACUUUAGGAAGAAAGAUGUGAAAAUUCUGCAUCGUGCCAUCUUAGAUCCUCACGUCAAAUUAAACGAAAAGAUAAAAAUGUGGGAGAUUCUCAUAGAUAGUACGAAAAAUGAACAAAUAAAGGCGGAAUAUGUCGUAGCUUCGGGAAUACGAACUAAAGAAAUGAUGAAAAGGCUGUUCACAUGGAAGUUACAAGUAGAGGUAGUUAUUGGACUGUUUGUUGAGGAGAAAAUAAGAUGUAAUGAAAUAUUUGUGUACAUACUAGAAAAUUACGUAAAUGGUAACGUUAUUAGCAUUGAUAUGGCGGAUGAUGGAAAAAUUUCUUUAAAGUCGGAACAUAGAAAAGAUGGAUCAAUUUGUUACUCUAAUUGCGGUGGAAGUACUGUUUAUCCAGUAGAAAAUAAUAGCAGAGCUUUUAACUUAUCAACCGGUACAUUUCCUGAGAAUGAUAACCAUAUUGAUGAUAUUUCAGGACUGGACAGUUCUUCUCUUAUAAAAACAUUUGCAGAGCACUUUGUUCGUCUCAGUCCAAAGAAUAUUCUUCGCAUUCUGGCAGCAAGUACAAAAACGAUACGACUGCCGGGUGCUGCGCUCACUACGAGUUUGCUGCAGAAGAUCAAAUUAAAGAAAGGAGAGACACUUCCAAAAUACGUUGAAACUCUUUGUAUGCAGUGCAGAGAUAAUGACGAUUUGAUCUAUGAGUGUUACAAUACGAUAAAGAAUUGCAGAUUAAGGUACGACUUUGUCAAGGAAUUAUUCGUUACCAGUGACGAACAUGCUACGAUGAUGAAAAUCAGAGAGCUAUUGAAGAUUUAUUACCGUACAGUUGUUAAAAAUAGAGAAAAUGUGGUAGGACACGUUAAAGAGAUGGUUAAAAGUGGUACUGGUCAUAGAAUAGGUUCAAGGGCAGUGGAUACAGUAACAGAAACUAUUAAUGAUAAUGAUAGGAUGUGCCAGGAUCGCACGGUUGAAAUUGUUAAUUAUGAUGAGGAAGAAGCAUUUGCUGAAACCGUAGCGCUUAACCGUGUCAAAAAGACGCUGGCCGCGUUUGUAAAAAAAUAUCCAAGAAAACGGCACAUCUAUAAAGAUGCAAUGUUCACGUUGCAUCACAUGAACAAGGAUUAUAUCAGUGCUUUAGAGUUGGUGAAAAAAGAGAAAAGCAACAGAAAAUACAGGUGCAUGCUCAAAAUAUCAAAGGAGUUGGCCUUAAACGAAAUUGAUAAGGCAUUGGAAAUAAGACAGGAUAAAGAACUGGAAAUGUUACGUUUACGUGUUAUUUGCAAUAAAAGUAAAGCAUUUGUUAUGAAUUUUGAGCUGCCACACGAACACAAAAAUAACAAGCAAGAAAUCAAGAAUAGUACAGAGAAUGCAAAACUUGGGGUACAAAGUGAAAAAGGUGGAAAUGGAAAGCAGGUGAAUGAAACAUAUGCAAAUUACCGGUUAAGCAUAGUUAAAAUGUGUAACAUGGCCGAGAAAUGGGAUGAUGACGGGCUAAACUUAUUUUCUAUGAGAUAUAUGAAAGAAAUCAAUGACAAUUCUAGUUUUGAUGCCUUUUUUGCCCGGAUAAGAAAGACUGAAUUUGUUUUUUAUGAGAAAUACGUCUUUUUGAAGAGAAACGAUGAAUGGAAAAGAGCAGUGCAAGUGUUGAAAAGUGGUUUGAAAGCAACGAAAUCUUCCUUUCUGCACCAUGAGUACCUGUUUGUAACCAACAAAUUGCACCGCAUCAGUUUUAUGCGCUCUAAUUCGAAUAUCAGUCUGUACUUUAAAGCCAAAACUAUCAUUAACGGCGCAUAUGCGGGAUGGCAGUGCGAUGUAUUGAACAUUCUUGGGAAUGUUUUGCAUCGAAACGGUGACUUUUUUAUAAUUUAUUUCUAUGCGCUGCUUUCCAUGUUAUUUGAAGAGUGUAGUGACGGGCAUGUUGAUGGAGAUGGAAUUUUGAAAUACUUCUUCAACAAUUUAUACUUUUAUAUUUCUAUGGGAAAUUGGAAAGGCUACUACUUCGUACAAAUGAUGGAUUAUCUGGAGGAUGAUACUCUGAAAAAGCUGUGCUACGGAAUAGAAUUGAUGAAAAAGGAUCGAACAUUUCAUACGCUAAAAAACGAGCAAAAGACAGUAAAUCAGUAG